CUGGAAAGUGAACUUGAACCCUAGCUGUGUCCACACUGCACAGGCACAACUCAGUGUUUCUCUCUCAUCUUCCCACUGUCCCCAGGACUCUGGGGCCUGGUGAAUAAUGCUGGCAUGUCCAGGCGCCCCGGCCCCAAGCAGUGGCUGACUAAACAAGGCUUUGUGACCAUACUGGACAUGAACCUGCUGGGGAUGAUCGUCGUGACUCUGAGCAAGGGGCCGCGUAGUCAACGUUUCCAGCAUCGCAGGCAGAUGUCCCAUGUAGGUGGCGGCUACAGAAUCUCCAAGUAUGGCAUAGAGACCUUCUCGGACUCCCUCAGGAGGGAGCUAUCCUACUUUGGACUGAAGGUUGUUUUAAUUGAACCUGGUGUCUUCAAGACUGUUGUGAGCAGUUCUAAUAUGCUCUCCAAAACCUCCAAGGAUGCGUGGGAGAGGGCCAGACCAGAGAUCAAGCAGAUCUAUGGCGAGAAGUUUCCAGCAUCCUGUGAGUGAGCUGUGGGCAGUGUGGAGAGAAGGAAACUCUCGUCAGAAAUCCCACCUCCAUCACUAAUGGGUCCCUCAGAGGUCUAUCCUCCUGACAGGGCUUCAGAGAAGUUCAGCCUCUUGCAGAAAGUGGGGACCUGUAGCCCCAUUUCCAUGAUGGGUGCUCUGUAGACAAUCGCUCACAUGAAGCAAGUGUCCAGGCUUAUGGAAAUUGGGGCCGGUAUGUACUUGAACCCCUCAGUAUUUGAAGAGUGAAGGAAAGCAAGAGAGAGAAGAGGCAUCCGUGCCAGCUGGCAUUUCAUGUGAGACAUUAGAGACAGCUGGCUCCAGGUGCUCAGAUUUCUAGUAUUGGCGGACACCUGCCAUUGUGCAGUCCAGAUUUCCCAGGAAAACAGGCAGAGGUGUGUUAGUGUGGAACAAUUCCGCAUGGGGUUAGCAUGGGACCGUCUUCUGGAUUUUGCAUGGAUAAUAUCGGCCAAUGCUGGGUGCCAUGAGAUUUUACAAACUUUACAUUCUGAAGUUAAACCGAAAGCAAAAUCAAUUGCAGGUGGAGAUAUUCAUGGGUGUUUUCUCAUUGUGUCCAGACAUGAAAUCAAUAGAACCAAUCGAAGGAAGAUUAACACAGGAUCUGUCUUU